UGAUGAUAUAUAUACACAUUAUAUACAUAUAUACAUAUAUACAGCCUAAGUGUAUAGAGGGACGGAAAAUAAAACAAACUUUGUCUACGCUACUUUUUGGGUCGAUUUUUUAAUCAUUUAACUGAAAAUACUUUACCACUGUUAAGUCCAACCUCCGGUAAUUGUAGCCUAGAAGUAGUAGUAGUACAAGGCCCUAGUGGUAGUAGUUGUAGUAGUAGUAGAAGAAGCAUAGCAUGCUAGUAGCAGUAGUAGUAUUUACCUUAGUAGAUUGUUGCCUUUUGUUGCAAAUCUUAUUACAAUUUAAACCAGCACCACAAGAUUAAUUGCCAAAUUUGAGAGCUUAUUUUAUUAUUUCUAUGACGACUUCACUUCCUGUAAAUGAUUUGCAUCAGGGCAAGACAAAUAAAAAUAAUUCAGUGAUCCAAUCUGGAAUUUUGUCCACACCUAAAGAAUAGCCUAAAUAGUUUUUUAAGAGUAGGCCCAUUACUCCACUCAGAUUAUCAAACAUAUUCGUUUAAGUUUUUAACAGUUUACGAGCAGAAACGUGAGCACGUGCAGUUAUUCAUAUUGACCAGUAGAUGGCGUUAUCGGGCUUCAAAAUGUCAGGGAGACAACCUCAGUCAAAACCCCACACAACAGCGACACAUAUUUAGUUAAUUGAAACUUACUCUGACAAAAUCAUCAGUUUUAAACAAAAUCUGAAAGAUGAAACGUAAGACUGUGUGUCAAAAUAAGAUAAUUCCAUUUCAGGUCUUGACCCGAAGUCACUAAAUAUUACGCCACAGAGCUACUGAUACUCUAAGACCAUAUCACAGGAAGAUAGUGAAAAAGAAACAGUUCAAAGUUGUUUUUGUUUAUUUAUUUGUUUUUUGUUUUGUUUUGUUUUUUUUCUGGGGAUGACCGUUCGGUCUAUUUUUAGUCACAGACUCUAGGGGGCUUAGACUAAAAUGAGUUUGGUGAUUUGAGCCAAACGGGACAAAAUGAUGGGAGCUCUUCAGGCUACUGAAGUUAGACCACACCAAAUAUGUCUCAUCUGGCUUUUAAGGGUUAUUAUAAUUAUCUUAAUUUAUAAGAAAUUAAAUAAGGUCCCCUCCAGCGCGCAGCAGAGCGCGCAGACCCCAUGAUCAGAGCCGCUCUCCUGGUUGCUCCAGUGGCGCUGUGUGACGUCUCCCAGCACCAAUCAGGAGCGCAGACGCGGACAGAGCGGCCCUUCCUCCGCGGUGAGGGGAAGCGGACGGAUCUCCGCGGAUAACUGCUCAUCACAGCCUCGGUACAGCCCACAGUAGUGUCCACGGUACUGCCGAGCGGCACGCUCCCAUCAGAGAGACCGUCCUCCUCUUCUGUUCUGCCCGCUGCGACAGGCACCGCUGCGGAGACAUGUCCGGGAUCCUGGCCUGGUUUUGGAACGAGAGGUUCUGGUUGCCUCAUAACGUAACCUGGGCUGACUUAAAGAACACAGAGGAGGCAACCUUCCCGCAAGCCGAGGACCUGUAUCUGGCGUGUCCUUUAGCUUUCUGCAUCUUUAUGAUCCGGCUCGUGUUCGAACGGUUUAUCGCAAGACCAUGUGCGAUGGGCCUGAAGAUCCAAGCCAACGGACCUCAGAAAGCUCAACCCAACGCCAUCCUGGAGAAGGUCUUCACCGCUAUCACCAAGCACCCCGAUGAGAAGAGACUGGAGGGUCUGUCCAAGCAGCUGGACUGGGACGUACGGACGAUCCAGCGCUGGUUCCGACAACGCCGUAACCAGGAAAAGCCCAGUACUUUGACCCGGUUCUGUGAAAGCAUGUGGAGGUUCACGUUCUAUCUUUACAUAUUCACCUACGGAGUCCGCUUUCUUAAAAAGACGCCGUGGCUUUGGAACACUAAGGAAUGCUGGUACAACUAUCCCUACCAGCCAUUGACGGUGGACAUCCAUUACUACUACAUCCUGGAGUUGUCGUUCUACCUGUCCCUACUAUUUUCCCAAUUCACAGACAUAAAGAGGAAGGACUUCCCCAUCAUGUUGGUGCACCACGCGGCCACCAUCUCCCUCAUCACCUUCUCCUACGUCAACAACAUGGCGAGGGUGGGCACGCUGGUCAUGUGUCUGCACGACGCCGCCGACGUGCUCAUAGAGGCUGCCAAAAUGGCCAACUACGCCAAGUGCCAAAUCUUGUGCAACCUCCUGUUUGCCAUGUUCGCCAUCCUCUUCAUCAGCUCCAGACUGGGAGUUUACCCCGUCUGGAUUCUAAACACCACUCUGUUUGAGAGCUGGGAGAUCGUGGGGCCGUACCCAUCCUGGUGGCUCUUUAACCUGCUGCUCCUCCUGCUGCAGCUGCUCCACUCCUUCUGGUCCUACCUCAUCGUACGGACAGCCUGCAGAGCCAUCUCCAAAGGAAAGGUGGGGAAAUGGAAUCCGCUACAUGUGUCUAAAGACGACCGCAGCGACAUCGAGUCCAGCUCGGAUGAAGACGAGAGCCCGCCCCUUCCCGCCCCGUCGGCCAAUCAGAGGCACCACAGCAGCGCCACCAACGGCACCAACAAGAGCCACGGCACCAACGGCUACCUGACGGGGGCGCUGUAUCCCGAUGAACACUGACCUGCGGAGAGCGCCGCACUGGAGCCAUGCUACAGACACCUUCCAUUGUUUGUGUGUGUGAACGAGUGAAUAUGUGAAUGGGUGAGUGGGGAGCAUUGCCUGUCUGCUAUGGGAAUAUCGGGGUGAAAAGGUUAAGGAGCCCUCUUUGAGUUUAAAAUUGAACGAGGUGUAAACAAAUACUAUUCAUGUCUGGUGGGUAGAAAGAACGAAAGAAAGGUGCACUGUGUAACUUUUCUGCUUUGUUACUGCUUUGCCUGGAUUAUUUCACAGUAUGGAAAUAAAUUUGGUUAUCACAGUGGAGACAAGUUAGAUCUAUGGAGGAGCAAGCCUGCACAUGGUAAGAAUCACGUUUUUAGACUUAGACAAACUUUAUUGAUCCAAAAGGGAAAUUAAAUUCAAGUUUCAAGGCAUUUUUGAGCUUCACUACCAUUCAAAAGUUUUAGAACACCACACUUUUUCUAGUUUUUUACCGUUUACUGUUGACCAAAACGUAUUCUAAACUUUUGAUUCAUGGAAGUGUCCACCUUUGGCACAUGAACACACUCGUGGCUCGUUUUUUUACAGUAGAAAUCAAAUACCGUAUUUUCCGGACUAUUAGGCGCACUGUCAUUAAAUGGUCUAUUUUGGAACUUUUUUCACAAAUAAACCACACCGGACUUUAAACGAAACAUAACAGUUGGAUGGGUCAGUGGGACUUUGUUUGUCGCGUUCACGGUGACUCUGGGCUUUGUUCAGUUGUGGCGUGUAGGGAGGGUGCUGUCUGGGACCGCUGGAUUGUCGGCGUGUUCGCAGUGACUCAGUUGUUCAGUUGUGUCUAGAAGUGGCACAUUACACUCGCUUUUUCGUUUCGUUCCUCGUCGGAGUGGAGUGAUGAGUGUGGCUGCGGGUGUUUUUCGCUGUGCGGUCGCUCUCUGCUCCGUGUGUUUUUGCGUGCGCUGCGGGUGGUGCGGCUUUGUAGUUUACUAAAGUCGUACUGGGACACCCGAGUGGAUUCGUGUAUAGGGCGCUCUGUACUGUGGGGGGCGCAAUCGUUUUUUGAUGGGGUUGGAGGCUUAAGAACGCGUCUAAUAGCCUGGAAAAUACGGUAUUCUUGAGAAAGUUCUUCCCAAGUCUGUUGCAGAAGUUCCCAUAAAUGUGUGGCACUUGUAGGUUUCUUGACUUUCACUCUUCUGUCCAGUUCAUCCCAAAACCAGCUCGAUGGGGUUUAAGUCUGGAGACUGUGCUGGACACUUCGUGUUUUCAAGCUUUACCAUCUUGUUUUUUUUUUCCUGAGGUAGUUUUGGCAGAGCUUUGACUUGUGUUUUGUUAUCUUUUAUAUUAUUUUUUUUAAACCUCUGGCUGUUCAGUUCUUACCUUUGUACCAUUUCAAGCUCUUCAUUGGACUUGCACGACUUGAAUUGCUAUAAAUAACUGGAAAAAUUAGGGUGUUCUAAAACUUUUCACCGUUAGUGUAUAAAAUGCCUGUAAUUGAAUAAAUGGUAGAAUGCCAUACUGGGGAACAUUCCAUGAAAAAAAUAACAUCACCAUGCAGACAAGCAAGUAGUUGACCAUCCAUCUUAAAAGUUACACAUCGCACUUUUAAAUCAAACAUACUUACAUAACAUAUUUGUCAUAACUGCGCCAACAUUUACUUUUAAGAUAAACCAUCUGUAGAGUUAAUUUUGGUGAACUUUUAAGUGAUCCCCCCCGCCAAAUUCUGAAAAUUAAGUUAAACCAGUUAAAGUACACUGAAACAAGUCAUAAAAUCUACACAAAUUAAAAUAAAUCAAAUUAAUGUUAAAAUUGUACAAAUUUCUCAAAGUACUUCCUAAGAAAAAGGCAAAUUUUCAACACAAAAUAAUUCUUUGAUAUUGUCAUGGUGGUCUUAUACUAGUUAUUAUAUCAACAAAGACGAUUCAAAACUAAUCACACCUUCCCAAAAAGUCCAAUUUAUUUUAUUUUUUUGUCCGUAUCUUGUCAAAAUUACUACUAGAUUAGAUAGAAAUUGGUUCAGUAGUAUCUAGGUAACUUUUUUUUUUUUACACGAUUAUUUUGUUUUCAACAUUCUGAAAAUGAAGUUAGACCACUUGAAGUCCAUUGAAACAAGUCCAAAAAUCUAUACAAAUUAAACUAAUGUUAAAAUUGUACACAAUUUUUCAAAGUAUUUACUAAGAAAAAGGCAAAUUUUCAACACAAAAUAAUUCUUUGAUAUUGUCAUGAUGGUCUUAUACUAGUUAUUAUAUCAACAAAGAUGAUUCAAAACUAAUCACAACUUCCAAAAAGAGUCCAAUUUAUUUUAUUUUUUUGUCCGUAUCUUGUCAAAAUUACUACUUUACACACUAGAUUAAAAAGAAAUUGAUUAGGUAGUAUCCAGGUACCAUUUUUUACAACCCUAAUUUACUAAACUACCUUACUGCUAACUUACUAAAAUUCAUUCAUUAAUUUAAUCAGGUUUUUGUAUUAAAGCUGCGAAAUCCAACUCGAAAAUCCACAUUAAAUGACACCAGACCAGGCAGAGACAGUCACAUUAGACAAA